AUGAGCGCCCACACUGCAGCUUCAACUCAACACUCCCAUCACGACGAUAGCGAUGGCGCUAACAACUCGAAUUCCGGCAAGCAGGGCGAACGACACUCGGCGCGAAAUCCGGCCUGCGACUUGUGUCGCGAGAAGAAGGUACGAUGUGGCCGCGAGAAACCAACCUGCCAGAACUGCAUCGCAUGGAAGACGCCCUGCACAUAUUCCGAGCGACAGAAGCGCGAUAACGAAGCCUCCCGCAAUGCCCAACGUUUCGAAGAGGUCCACGACCGCCUCGACCGCAUCGAGUCCACCAUGAGCCGUCUCCUGACAGCUUUCGAAACCGCCCAGUCCCUCCGGACCCCCGCGCCCACGCCCCCAGUGUUCCGCCCGACACCCCUCCCUGGCCUGGGCGCAAGCUCCCCGAAUGACCCUGUCCGAAUCCGCCCCGGCGAGUACUCCCUGCGCCUGCCGAAACCGGCAGAUCCCCGGCGCGACAUGCAGUAUCUCGGCCCUUCGAGCAUGCUCGGAAUCUCGAUUGAGGCUGGGUCACUCGCCGAGGAAACGCUACGGCAAAAGUCGCCUGCAGCCGGCGGCGGCGGAGAGGGAGGCCAGGCGGAUGCGAUGGAGGAAAUGGCAGGGGGCGCAAAGAGUAGCGAGCAGGUUGAGACGAUUGGCGCGCUCAAGAAGCUGUCCAGUAUAUCGUCAAAUGUGGCGAGCUGGUUUCCUUAUUAUGGGCAUGCGGAGCUACGGCUGGGGGCGGGAGGGGCGAGUAUGGCGAUUCCUGAGAGGGAGGAGGCGGAGGCGCUGGCGAACGAAUACUUCCGCAAAGUCCACGUCUGGUUCCCUAUAUUCGACGAAGCCCGCUUCCUGGAGAAUAUGGCGAAAUACUAUGACGGCGACCCCAAGUUAUCAAACGACCGCGCAUGGCUUGUCUGCUUCAACAACGUCCUCCUCUUUGGAGUCUUCAACAGGACGACCUCGCGCCAGCCUGUCGAGCCCGGUAUCGGACGGAGUUUCUUCCUGAACGGGUGGGCGGCGAUUGAUGACCUCGAGGUCUUCCUCGCCCCAAGACUCACCAAUAUACAAGCACUGCUCACAGGCGCGGUCAUUGCCAUUGAAAUCUCGAGACCGGGUCUCUGCUGGUCGCUGUUAUCGCAAGCUGCAAGGCUCUCACAGGCGAUCGGGCUUCAUCGCCGCACACCGAGUAACACGCAGUACACAAAGUCAGAGCUCCAGGAGCGGCGAUGCAUCUUUUGGAAUGUCUAUGUGCUCGAUAAGUGUCUCUCGCUGACCUUUGGGCGCUCCACAUGUCUCCCGGACUUUGAUUGCGAUACGGAGCUGCCGGAGGACGACGGGACCAGCCCGUACUUUAAGAAUUUCCUCGCACUGAUCCAGCUGGCCAAGAUCCAGAGCAACAUCUACGUCCGCCUGUACUCUGCAUCCGCUGCGCGCAUGACCGACGAAGAGCGGGACAAUAACAUUGCUACUCUCGACCUCGAGCUGCGCAACUGGUGGGCGGAAAAGAAAGCCAUCUUCACGCCCGAAACCGGCGCCUCUGAAAAGCCACUUGAUGUAUUCUCGCGUCUCGAGCUGCGGUUCAGCUAUCUCUGUAGCUUGACACUAGUGCACCGCACUGCGCGCCCCGGAGCUGCGAGUGAGCGCGUGUGUCUUGAGAGCGCUCGAGAGAGUAUUGUCAUCAUUAACGAGGUUGUGGAAAGCAGCUUUGAUGUCGCCAACAGCGGGAUGAUCAUGUGGUUGUUCCAGUACUACCCGUUCACCGCCUUUUUUGUACUAUUCUCGGCCAUUAUCAGAAAUCCGUCUGCACCAACGUCAAGGGAGGUGGAUUUCCAGCUUAUGAAGGGCCUUGUGAGCUAUUUGGGGAGGAUGAAGGAGAAGAACGAGGGCGCGGCGAAGCUGCUGCAGAUUGCGUCGGCGUUUACGCAUGUGGCAGGGACGUUCCUGAAGAACUAUGGCAAAAUUGAGCAGCAGCGGGGCGGGGAACACGCCGGUAAGCGGCGGCGGAGAGAUACGGGGAGCGAAGGAGAGGAAGGUGGCGGGAUUACGCCCGAAGAAGGGUGGCUGCAGGAAGGGGGCAAUGACGGGCAUAAGGUCUUUGUGAGGGGAUAUGGGAAGGGAUUCUGGGGGACCACUGCGUUUCCACGGGACCAAGUGGAGCAGGUCUUCACGCCUGAGACUGCCAGCACUCUUGCUGCUUCUACUGGCACUGGUACAUCAACCACUGCCACGGGCACGGCGGCCCCGACACCGGCGGCUUGGGCGCCGGCGGGGGAGGUAGAUCUGCAUCCGGCGAGCUUCUUAAAGUGGCCGGGGGCGGAGGCGCCUCAUGGACAGCUGCCAAUGGAUAUGGGGGUUGAUGAUGCUGCUGCGUUUGAUAUGGACCUGACAGCGCUGAUGGAGGAGCCGGAGGGCUUCCAGAUGCAGAUGGAGCAGGCGGCAAUGAGGGGACCGCUAGAGUUUGAUUGGUUUAGUUGGGAGGGAUCUGCAGGUGGUGUUUAA